AUGUCGCCUGAACGUGUCACCACGGAGCCAUUGCACUCUCCUGGCUGGGAUAAUGACUGGCUCAGGCAGUUAGCCGGCGAUAUAGUCGCAGGAUCACUGUCUGCAACGAUUAUCGCCCCGAUCACAACAGUUAUCGAUCGGAGCGUCGUGGAGAGGCUCUCCUCAAAUAAAUCCAUCCUGCAUACACUUCGCACACAUGCCAUUUGCUCCAUCCUCCAACCGAGAAAGUUUUACUUUUCCCGGCCUUUCUUCAUCGCUUGGUCUCUUUACGCCGCAACCUACGCUACCGCAAAUGCCACCGAUACAAGCCUCGACCAGCUUUCCGAAAUAAGGGAGAAAUCAACAAGCGCGAGUCUCGUCGCAACGUUCAGCUUCCUCCCAACAUACGUCGUCAAUGUGUCUCUGGGGAUCCUAAAGGAUAUCCGGUUCUCUCAGAUUUACGGACACCCAGACGGUCGUCUCAAGCAGCCACCUCCCAUCCCAAGACUCGCGUACAUGGCCUUUCUUUUCCGCGACAGCAUCACUAUAUCCAGCUCUUUCACGCUGGCUCCGCAGGUGGCUUCGUUAGUCCCAGAUUGGAUCACUGCAGACCCGCAUACCAAGAGAACUGUGACCCAGCUCGCUCUCCCCGCCUUGGUGCAAUACGUGAAUACGCCGUUCCAUAUGAUCGCGUUAGAUGUUAUUGCUCGUCCCCAAGUGGCCACGAUAGCAGAAAGAUCCGUUACGAUACGGAGAGGCUAUAUGCAAUCAUCGUCGCUGAGGGCAGCAAGGGUUCUACCGGCGUUCGGAGUGGGGUGUAUAAUCAAUACGGAUUUGAGGGCAUCUUUGCACAGAAGAUGGAUGGUUAGAUAG